AUGAGCCAAAUAAUUGCAGUGUCAGGUUAUUCGGAAGAAAAUUUUCCAAUAGACAAGAAACGUUGUUCCAUAUUCAAGACUAUAAAACGUAAUGGAAUAUUAGUUCUAUUGAUUUUAAUUGCACUGCUUAUUGGCGCUGUAAUUGCACUAAUAGUUCUUAUCAUCAAACUUCGCGUAAAAUCAGAUCAACAAGGACAACGACAACAUAAGAUUUUGUUUAUAAUCGCAGAUGGUAUUCCUGCAGAUCUCAUAGAAAGUAUUUCAGUUCCAAACAUGAAGAAAAUUCAAGAAAUUGGACAAUAUACAAGAGCUUAUGUUGGAGGUGAUAAUAGUACCUAUUCAGAAACGCCUACUAUUUCGGCACCUGGUUAUAUGAAUUUACUUACUGGUACAUGGGCUAAUAAACACAAUGUAUAUGAUAAUAGUGUCCAAACACCCAACUAUCAUUAUAAAAAUAUUUUUCGACUGUUUAAAGAACAAUAUUCUGAUAAAAAAAUUGCUAUUUUCUCAACGUGGACAGUUAACCGCGUUAAACUUGUAGGUGAAGGAUUACCGAAUGCAGGUUCUAUUACAUUUGAUUAUAAAUUUGAUGGAUAUGAACUUGAUCUGACUACUUAUCCUCAUGAUCCAGAUGGUCAUUAUAUGUUUGAUAUCGAUCAACGUGUGACUAAUGAAACAUCAGCAUGUAUAAAAACAUAUGCACCUGAUCUUUCAUGGGUAUAUUUACAAUAUACGGAUGAUAUAGGACAUGAAUUUGGAGAUAGUGAACAAUUCGAUCAAGCAAUCAAAAAUAUUGACAAACAGAUAGGUCAAAUUUGGGAAUCUAUUGAAUAUCGAAUGAAGAAUCAUGAUGAAGAUUGGUCAAUUAUUAUUACAACAGAUCAUGGUAGAGAUCCAAUAACAGGUCAACACCAUGGUAAUCACACAGAUAGAGAACGAACAACGUGGAUAAUAACAAAUAAUAACGCAAUGAAUUCAUAUUUUCGUGAUUUUCAACCUGCCAUAGUUGAUAUAUAUCCAACAAUUGCAAGAUUAUUAAAUCUUAACAUUCCCAUUGAAAUUGAAAGAGAAUUAGAUGCAGUACCAUUGACAGGAAAAGUAUCAUUAAUAAAACCGGAUAUCAAAUUGUACGAUACUAAUUUACAAAUUAGUUGGACAGUUUUAGAUCCUACUGGAAAUGUAAAAGUGUGGUUAUCAACAACAAAUUCGUUUAAGAAUGGUACGAUGGAUACUUAUCAUCUAAUUGAAACUGUACCUGUAGAUAAGAAUAUGAUUAUCGUCGAUAUUAAACAAUAUCCAUCAAAUUUCUAUAAAAUAGUUCUAGAAGGACAAUAUAAUAUGGUUAAUAGAUGGGUAUUUCAAUCAUGA